UCCAGGUACACCAAGAUGAAGACAGCCACCAACAUCUACAUAUUUAACCUGGCUCUGGCUGACUUCCUGGUCCUCGCUACGUUACCCUUCCAGGGAACAGAUGUGUUCCUGGGCUUCUGGCCGUUCGGUAACGCCCUCUGCAAGGCCGUCAUCUCCAUCGACUACUACAACAUGUUCACCAGCACCUUCACUCUAACCGUGAUGAGCAUGGACCGCUACGUGGCCGUGUGCCAUCCGGUCAAGGCCCUGGACAUGAGGACGCCCCACAAGGCCAAGGUGGUCAACAUCUGUGUGUGGGUCCUGGCGUCGGCGAUAGGGGUACCGGCCAUGGUGUUGGGAGAUGUGGAGGUGGAGGUCGAACAUAACAGUGUAGAGUGUAACAUAGUCCUCCCAGACCCUCAUACCUACUGGGACCCGGUGUUCGGCACCUGCGUCUUCCUCUUCUCCUUCCUCAUCCCAGUUACCAUCAUCAGUGUCUGCUACAGCCUGAUGGUCAAUCGCCUUCGCAGCGUCCGCAUCCUGUCCGGCUCCAAGGAGAGGGAUCGUAAUCUGCGCCGCAUCACCCGCAUGGUCCUGGUCGUAGUGGUGGCCUUCGUGGUCUGCUGGACCCCCAUCCAGAUCAUGGCUCUGGCCCAGUUGCUGGGCUUCAACCUGGGUAGCCUCCUCACGAUGGCCCUGAUGCACUUCUGUAUCGCGCUGGGCUACGUCAACAGCAGUCUCAACCCAGUCCUCUACGCCUUCCUGGACGAGAACUUCAAGAGGUGCUUCAGGGAGUUCUGCCACCCGGGUCCGUUCCGCCUGGACGGCCGGCAGCAGUCGGGUCGGAUGAGGAGCAUCGCCCGCGAGGUUGCCUACAACUGCAAAACGGCGGACGGGAAUAUGAACCCCGCAUGACUAGGCGUGGAGCUGCCCCUGGUCUGCCAGGAGCCCCAGAACAACCACCACCAGGGGACAGGGAACUCCAACACGGAGCUCACCCAGAUCACUACCCUCUAGCAGCACGUCGGCCCCCUGGGCUGGGGCCGAACGAGGACGAGCCAGGGUAGGGGCAGAGCCAGGGGGCCGGAGGUGGCCCGGGGCAGGGGCAGUGUCCGAAUGGCCUGGUUGGUGCCGGAGCCGGAUCUGGGCCGGAGUGGCUUGGAGGCCGAAUAGCAGGGUCACGUACUCUAACAGACAUUCUACUAGGGACUAAAGGGGCUCUACUUUUCUGUGUCUUUAGUAAACAUGGAUGUCAUUUUGCCUUAUUUUAAUUGAUUGAUCAUUUUCGGGCCGAUUUAAAUUUCAGAGUUUAGGUCUGUGAGUUUAGGUCUGUGAGUUUAGGUCUGUGAGUUUAGGUCUGUGUGCUUCAAGGACAAUUUCCGCGAAAGUCUACCGUUUUUGCGCACACUUAUCUCAACUCUGAGUCUGGCCCGUUGUUGGUUGGUUGAUUCGUUAUGUUGUCAUUUUUUCGUUGUGUUGUACUUUUUUGUCUGUUUAUAUUCUGUAAGUGGAGGUUCAGUUUUUUUUUGUGUAUUUCAGUUUUAUUUUGUUCGAGAUGAACAACUUAUCUGAUUCCAUGGCCUUAGAUAUCAAGCGUGUUAGUCCUUGAUAGUGCUUUACUGUUAGUUUUCCAUACCUGUUUGUUUUCUAUUACCUUGCAAGUGUUGUGUAGGAACAGGCAAGACAUCACAACAGAGACUUGCUUGUUGAGGCCUUUAUUCAUUGUUACCGAUGAAAUAAUCAUAGAUGAUGAUGCUGCCUGACGUUCCACGUAUAUAUAUAUCUUUGCUUGGCGUCCUGUAAAAAAAGAAGCAACGAUAUUUUGUAUUACAAUGUGUUUUGGAGCAGCACAGUCUUAAAGUAUUAUUACUUAAAAAGGGAAAAACAAGGUGCGGCAAAAUUUAAAUAUAUAAUUAUAUAUAAUGUGGUGUGCAUAGAAAUAUAAUUAAUUAUAUUCAUAAUAUUUUUAUGGUGGUGUUACUCUGUAUAUAUAGACAUGCUGUAUAGAAAGGUAUGUAAAAGUAUAUAAGUAUUGUUACAGUCAUCUAUCUAAGACACUUCUAAGACAUCUGUCUUUCUUUAUGAAUCAUGUUAUUUGUGUAUAUUUGCAUCUUGUUGUUUACUGUUUGUGUGCAAAAGUGCAGGUAGAAUCUUUCCUAGGGUUGCAAAAUUCUGGUAACUUUCCCAAAAUUCCCAGGUUUUUAAAAAGGUCUUGGUUGGGGGAUUCCAGAUUUCCUGCUUAUCCCCUUCCGGUUCCUGGAAUAUUUCAACCAGGUUUUUCUGGAAUAGCAGGGAAUUUUGGGAAAGUUACCAGAAUUUUGCAACCCUAGUCUUUCCAUUAGUUUACAUUUCCAGACCACUUGAAUGUCAACAGAAUAUUCUCAAAAAGCCAAAUCUAGCAAAAAAAAAUGUUGUUGUCAUUAUUAUUACAAGAGCAAAACAGUGUUUGCGUAAAUGGUUGUUGCUGUAAUGAAGAUUGUAACAGUAUGUUUGCUCAUGAACUGCAUUUUACGUAGCUAUUUAUUAUUAUUAAUUAGUGGCUCAGUUGCUGAUGCUAAAGACAGUUUGUAUGCUAGCCAGCUUGUUGUUGAUGCUAAAGAACAUUUGCCGAAGCGUGAAUUUGAAAUGUGUAUAUUUUUAUCUGCGUAUUAAUAAAAUGGCGUUGA